AUGGCUGCUGAUUCAACUGUCGUCUCCAACACGGGGAAUCUUCUGAAGUACAUGUCCCUAGACCAGCGCGGCCAAGUCCAAGCUGAGUACAUCUGGAUUGAUGCCAACGGUGGCACUCGUUCCAAGACCAAGACUCUGUCCAAGCCCGUUAAGAGCGUUGACGAACUCCCCGAAUGGAACUUCGACGGUUCCUCCACCGGCCAGGCCCCUGGUGACAACUCCGACGUCUACCUUCGCCCCUGCGCUAUCUACCCUGACCCCUUCCGACAGGGCGAAAACAUCCUCGUCCUCUGUGAGACCUGGGACUCCGACGGAAGCCCCAACAAGUUCAACUACCGCCACGAGGCUGCCCGCCUGUUCGAGACCCACGCCAGCGAGGGCUUCUGGUUCGGUCUUGAGCAAGAGUACACUUUGCUCGGCACUGACGGCUGGCCCUACGGCUGGCCCCGCAACGGUUUCCCCGGCUCCCAGGGUCCUUACUACUGCGGUGUCGGUACCAGCAAGGUCUACUGCCGUGACAUUGUUGAGGCUCACUACCGUGCCUGUUUGUUUGCCGGUAUCACCAUCUCUGGUAUCAACGCUGAGGUCAUGCCCUCUCAGUGGGAGUACCAGGUUGGUCCCUGCCCCGGCAUUGACAUGGGUGACCACCUCUGGAUCUCCCGUUUCAUCCUCCACCGUGUCGCUGAGGAGUUCGGUGUCCGCAUCUCCUUCGACCCCAAGCCCAUCAAGGGUGACUGGAACGGUGCUGGUCUCCACUCCAACGUGUCCACCAACGCUACUCGUGCCGAGGGUGGCCUGAAGGUCAUUGAGGGUAUGAUGAAGAAGCUCGAGGCCCGCCACUCCGAGCACAUUGCCGUCUACGGUGAGGGCAAUGAGGAGCGUCUUACCGGUCGCCACGAGACUGGUAACAUUGACAAGUUCUCAUAUGGUGUCGCUGACCGCGGUGGCUCCAUCCGUAUUCCUCGCCAGGUCGCCAAGGACGGCAAGGGCUACUUCGAGGAUCGCCGCCCCGCUUCCAAUGCUGACCCCUACCAGAUCACCGGUAUCAUUGCCGAGACUCUGUGCGGUGGCCUGUAA